UACGUCACUUUUUGGGCGUGGAACUUGUUAGCAAACUAGCGCCGCUAUCUAGCAGAAUAAGACGUACCCGACGACGAAGCUCAGCUAGCCUAGCUGUAAUAUUAUUGUCAUUGGAUUCAAAUUAACAGGUUUAAAAGAAUACCAAACAUGUCUGAUGGAGAGGGUUUUGUUGUGCGUGUGAGAGGACUACCAUGGUCCUGCUCUGUGGAUGAAGUACAGAGGUUCUUCUCUGAUUGUAAAAUCGCCAACAAUGGCACCAGCAUCCAUUUUACCUACACACGUGAGGGUCGACCGAGUGGAGAGGCAUUCGUGGAGUUGGAGAGCGAGGACGACCUGAAGAUAGCUGUCAAGAAGGACAGGGAAACCAUGGGACACCGAUAUGUAGAAGUGUUUAAAUCCAACAAUGUGGAGAUGGAUUGGGUGAUGAAACACACCGGUCCAAACUGCCCAGAGACUGCUGGAGACGGCCUUGUCAGGCUCAGAGGCCUUCCCUUUGGCUGCAGCAAGGAGGAGAUUGUCCAGUUCCUCUCAGGGUUGGAAAUCGUGCCAAAUGGGAUAACAUUGCCGGUGGACUUCCAGGGGAGGAGUACGGGGGAGGCCUUCGUGCAGUUUGCUUCACAGGAUAUAGCUGAAAAGGCUCUAAAGAAACACAAGGAAAGAAUAGGGCACAGGUACAUUGAGAUCUUCAAGAGCAGCCGCGCCGAGGUGAGGACCCACUACGAGCCCCAGAGGAAACCAAUGGGGAUGCAGAGGCCGGGCCCUUAUGACAGACCGUCCGGGGGGCGAGGGUACAACAUGAUGGGCGGUCGAGGAGGGGGGUCCUACGACAGGAUGAGACGCGGAGGAUAUGGUGGAGGUGUGUCUGAGGGGAGGUACGGUGAUAGUAGUUCGUCCUUCCAGAGUACCACGGGUCAUUGUGUCCACAUGAGGGGUCUGCCCUACAGAGCCACUGAGACGGACAUCUACAAUUUUUUCUCCCCUCUGAACCCAGUACGGGUACAUGUAGAGAUCGGUCCUGACGGCAGAGUGACUGGAGAGGCUGACGUGGAGUUUGCCACCCACGAGGACGCUGUGGCAGCCAUGUCAAAAGACAAGGCUAACAUGCAACACCGCUACGUUGAGCUGUUCCUCAACUCAACAGCAGGGGGCAGUAACGGCUCCUAUGGCAGCCCGAUGCAGGGCGGUAUGGGGAACCAGUCGUCUUACAGCAGUGGGGGGCUGAGCUCUGGGUACUCUGGAGGCUACAACAGUCAGAGCAGUAUGGGAGGAUACAGUGAUUAUAGUAACCAGGGCGGAAUGAGCAGCAGUUACUAUGGUGGAGGCGGGAGGAGUUCCACUGGAUUGGGGGCGGGGUGGGGGAUGUAGUUCUUUAACCCAGUAGUGUUUUGGGUAAAAAGACUGGAGUUGUGGUUCUUACGUGGGGUUUUGGGAUGGGUAUUGUUGACAUGAGCCAGUUAUUUUGGGAAAUGUUCUGUUAUUUUUAGACUGAAAAAAUUCACGAUUGAGGCUCCUUUUGAAGUAAAGUUGGUAGAGAAGUAUUGUUUCACACUCCUGCCCUACUGUUUUUCAUUAUAUGACUGUGGCGACAGAGGCUGUGUUGUGCUGUUGGAACACAGCCUAUGAUUGUGGGCGGAAUGGUUGUUGAAAGUGUGUUGAUUUAAAACAACCAACAUUGACUGGAGCUUGUUUGAUUGAUCAUGGAGUGACUGGUUGAAUCUUAAUAGCAUUUUUCUGCCUUCUCAUCUUCACCUUUCAAAACCCAUUAGAUUAGAAGGUCAAUAGUCUAUCCCUUCUUAUUUGGUCUUGUAACAGGUUGAGGGAUGAGAGGUUGAGAAAUGAAUGGAGAUUCUUAUUGUUGUAAAAGUGUAAAAACAAAUACACUUGGAAAGUGUUGUAGAUGUUCAUUCUUUUGUGUAGCUGAGGUCUGAAGCUAGGGUGUGAAUUGACAUUUUACAUGGUUAAAAAAGAGCAUUUGAGUUUGUUUUGUAAUGGUGAGUGAUUAUGGGGGGGGGGGGGUUGGGUGAAUUCUUAACAAGUCCUUACUCAGCUGGCAAACAUUUGUUUCUGUUAUAAAAGAUUUCUUUCUACA